AUGACUAUUGUUACUGGAACGCGGAAAAUACCUUCGGGACGUGAUACAGGUGGACAUACGGGUGUCAAUCAGCUUGGAGGAGUUUUUGUAAAUGGCAGGCCAUUACCAGAUCAAACUCGAGAACAAAUAGUAGCAAUGGCAAAAAGCGGUCAGAGGCCAUGUGAUAUUAGUCGAUAUCUACAAGUAUCCAAUGGUUGUGUUUCUAAAAUUUUGUGUCGAUAUUACGAAUCUGGUACGAUAAAGCCACGAGCAAUUGGAGGAUCAAAACCAAGAGUAGCAACACAAAACGUAGUUUUAAAAAUUGAAGAAUAUAAACGGGAGCAGCCUAGUAUAUUCGCAUGGGAAAUACGAGAUAAACUGCUCAGUGAUAACAUUUGUACAGCCGAUAGUAUACCAAGUGUGUCAUCCAUUAAUAGAGUUUUAAGAAAUCUGGCGUCCAAAAAAGAACAACAACAGCUGCAUAGCGAUUUCUACGAUAGAUUUCGCUUAGUGGAUCAGAACCAACUAUAUACAACGUGGGGAUAUAAUCCAUGGCAAAUGUCUGUACCUACAGUAGGCCUAACACAAUUUUCAUCAAUACCCCAACCAGAUAUUGAGUCGAAGAAGACAAUCGAAGAGGACGUUAAGCCCUCAACAGAUUCCGAUGAAGAUGUAGCAGCUAGAAUGAGAUUAAAGAGGAAACUGCAACGAAAUCGAACAUCAUUCAGCCAAGAACAGAUAGAAGCGCUUGAGAAAGAAUUUGAAAGAACACAUUAUCCUGACGUUUUUGCACGUGAACGGCUGGCACAGAAAAUUGGGUUACCUGAGGCUAGGAUACAAGUCUGGUUUUCAAAUCGACGAGCUAAAUGGCGUAGAGAGGAAAAGUUGCGGAAUAAAAGAUCCAAUAACAUGGAUACUUCUAUGAGCACUACGGGUAGUAAUCCCUCCAGCACAACAACCAGUAGCUCGCCAACACCGUCACAAAGCCGUUUUUCAACAAAUAUAGCACCUGUAAGUGCUAGUUUUGUGCCAACGGGAGCAGCUCAGAUGUAUGGAGGCCUUCCACCCCAACCUACAAUGGAUCCUUAUUUUGGUUUUUCUAAUCCUGGUCUCGGAAUGGGCUAUCAGACAACAGAUUUCAACUCCCAUCAUAUGUUUAACACUCGGUCCCCUUAUGAUGCUUUUAAUCCUUACGGUCGAUCUCUUCAAGCUACUCACAGCUUUCAACCACCUAUGAGUGCAUCAACUCCCACCAACGUUGGAGGUAUUACUCCAGGAAUGACAAUUCCAGUAUCAGCCGUCUUAAACAGUUUGGAUCCUGUUGCCGCAUCUGUCCCACCUCAACCAUCUAUGCACGAUUUAUCAACAGCUACAGCUUCUGUUGUCAGCGAUCAGCAUGAUGCUAGCCAUUACUGGAGAUCUUAG